AUGAGUUAUAAUGAAAAAACAGUUGGGCCCAUAUCUUCCUCCACUCAGGAGGUAAAGUCACCGUCGAUAUCACAGGAUGCCGAAAAGGGAGUAGAAUACACUAAAAAUGAUCAAAUCUCAGAACUAUCCAACGAUGAGGUCACAGGCACAGCAGAAACAGUCAAACGUCAACUAAAACCUCGACACGUGUCCAUGAUCACAUUGGGUGGAACCAUUGGUACUGGUCUCUUCAUCUCAACAGGCUCAAUGCUUGCAGAUUCAGGACCUAUACUUUCACUCAUUUCUUUUCUAUUCAUGACAACAAUCACUUAUAGCGUCACCCAAUCAUUGGGAGAGAUGGCCACCCUCAUCCCAGUUACCGGAUCAUUUGCACAAUUCAUCACAAGAUGGGUCUCAUCUUCAGUGGGAAGCACCGUUGGUUGGCUUUAUUGGUUCAGUUGGACCAUGACUUUUGCAUUGGAACUUUCAGUUGUCGGACAAGUAAUUGAAUUUUGGACAGAUGCCGUACCAUUAGCAGCAUGGAUCAGCAUUUUCUUUGUCAUCAUCACCGCCUUCAACUUUGUCCCCGUCAAAUUUUACGGAGAAAUGGAGUUUUGGCUCGCAUCAAUAAAAGUUGUUGCCAUCGUUGGAUGGUUGCUCUACGCAUUCAUCAUGGUGUGCGGUGCUGGCAAAACAGGUCCAGUGGGAUUCAGAUACUGGAGAAAUGGAUAUGCAUGGGGUCCAGGAAUCCUUGUUGAAAAAAAGUCCACUGGUAGAUUCCUUGCAUUUGUCAGCUCCUUCAUCAACGCAGCAUUCACAUUCCAAGGUACCGAAUUGGUGGGAAUUUCUGCAGGUGAGACUGCAAACCCAAGAAGAACAGUGCCCCGUGCUAUAAGAAAGGUAUUGUUGAGAAUCUUGUUGUUCUUUGUCCUCACAAUGUUAUUCUUGGGCCUCUUGGUACCCUACGAUGACCCCAAAUUGCAAAAUGGUAAUUACACCAGUGUCUCGCCAUUCAUUGUUGCUAUAGAAAACUCAGGAACUAAGGUCUUGCCACACAUCUUCAAUGCCGUGAUCUUAUCAACAAUCAUUUCCGCAGCUAAUUCAGAUGUAUAUUGUGGAUCCAGAGUCGUGUUUGGUCUCGCACAGGCUGGCGUUGCACCCAAGUUUUUCCUUCGUGUUAACAAGUUUGGUGUCCCAUACGUAACCGUGGCUUUUACUGCCAUGUUUGGCUCAUUGGGUUACUUGGCAGUCUCUAAUAGCGGAAGUGAGGCAUUCAACUGGUUAUUGGACAUAACUGGUACAGCCGGCUUAAUCUGUUGGGGUUUCAUCUCGGUGGCUCAUAUUAGAUUCAUGAAAGUAUUGAAGCGGAGAAACAUCUCAAGAGAUUCGUUACCAUUCAAAGCCACUUUCAUGCCAUGGGCUGCAUACUAUGCCUGUUUCUGGACCUUUUUAAUCACCUUGAUCCAAGGAUUCCAGGCCUUUUUCAACGGGUUUAGUACCAGGGAAUUUUUCAUUUCAUACAUCUCCGUCAUCUUGUUUUUCGUUUUAUGGCUAGUUUUCCAUUUCAUUUUCCAAGGGUUCAAUUUCAAAAUGAGAGAUUUCUUGGUGCCUCUUGAUGAGUGCGAUAUAGAUUCGGGCGUCAGAGAAAUCGACGAAAUGGUGUUUGAUGACGAAGAGCCAAAAAACUUGUGGGAAAAGUUUUGGAACAUUGUAGCAUAA